AGACUCUGUUGCUUUUGCAUCGGACUCGGCUGGCUCCCUGGUGGACUUUUGGGGAUCCUGAAAUCUGGGCAUAACAGGCUGUGCCUCUCCCCGACCUCAGACGCUCCUGCUGGCCCAGAGCCCAGGUCCAGCAGCACCCGUCCCCCACCACAGGCAGUUUCAUUUCUACUUGAGUCCUGCCCAGGACUUGGGAAGUGGCUGCUCCAGAGGACUCCUUCCAGCGAGUGUGUGGCGUCAGUGGUGACCCAGGAAAAGCUCCAGGAAGCGGUGAGGAAACUGAGGCAGCUGGAAGAGGAAUGCACGAACCAGAAAGCUUUCACGGCGAAGCAGAUCGCCCAGUGGGAGGAGAAGAUAGAGGCUCAGAGACAGAAAAUCCAGGCGGAAUUCCAGAAGCUGCGCAGCUUCCUGAGGGAGGAGGAGAGGUCGUACCUGUGGAGACUGGAGAGCGAGGAACAGCGCACUCUGCAGAGACUGAGGGGCAGUGAGGCCAACCUGGACCAGCAGGGCCAGGAGCUCCAGAGCCACAUCCUGGAGCUGGAGGAGCGAUGCCAGGGCUCUGCCCAGAAGCUGCUGCAGGACGUGGAGGGUGCCCUGAGCAGGAGCCAGGCUGUGCGGCUGGAGACGCCAGAGGCCCUGUCCUUGGAGGUUGAGACUGAGUGCGAGGUCCUAGAGGUUUGCUUUGAGCUGAAGAACAGGUUCAAGAGCCAUCAAGGACCCUGUGAGGAUGAACUCCCUCUGUCCGUAUUCGUUUGGGAUUUCUUGGACCAUCUGACAGAGCAGCCUGGCAGUUGUGAAACUGACAUGGAGCAGUUUGCAGAGACCCUGAGUGGCCGGGUCACCACGGACGAGGCUUUGGAAGAACUGGUGGACCUCAUCUAUGAACAGGCCAUGUCCGUGCCAAGGUUCCGCAGCGGGGGAGCUCGCCUGUGUGAUUACCUGUCCCGUCACCUUACCAUUCGCUCACAGAGGGGCAGCUUCCGCCAAGUGCUCCUUCAAAGAUGUCAGGCUGAUUAUGAGCCUAGAGAUCAAGCUGCCAAGGGGGAUGAAGCAGCUCGGAAACGAUUCCACGAGUUGCUGCUCUUUAUGGGAGAAUUUUAUCUUCCGCUGGAGAUCGAAGGGGCAAAUGGACAGGCUCACACAGGUCUUUUUCGGGGGUUGUUGGAUGCCCUCCUUUCUCACCCCGUGGACGAUAACCUAAUUUGUGCAGUAAAAUUCCUGAAGUUGACAGGGCCCGCCUUGGAAGAUGCCUGGAAGGCACAAGGAAAGACGGACAUGGACGACGUUAUCCAGGGGAUUGAGAAUGUCGCCCUGGACGCGCCCUGCAGUGUCGAUAUGAGGCUGAUGCUCUUGAAGCUUGUUGAGCUCCGGUCAAGUAACUGGGGGAGAGUCCCUGUCACCUCAGCAUCCAGAGAAGCAGCACCUGAGAUUGAUCCCAACUGUUUUGUGACGGAACCGCCAUUGGGUCCAGCGGAUGGUGUUCCUCUCCCUGCAGCUGAUCCCGACGACCACGAUUCAAUCAGGAGUGACCUGAGGGCGGGUGGGAGAGUCCCCCAGGCCCUCACUGGGUCCCUGGGGCAUCCCGCCUCGCUCUUGCCCUCCCUGUGUCUGGGCUCCAACACCAGCUUCCCCCUGAUGGAUGGUCUCUAUUGGGGCUUCCUGCAGCCCCCGGUGGCCAUGAAUCAAUGGAAAUGUGACCAGUCCUACUGGGUGCGGCUCAGUGGAUAG